ACUGAAGGAAAAAUUUCCAUAAGAAAAGACUUGUGACUUGUGAAUGUACUUAUGAACGCCAAUGUAGAAGCCAAACUUCCAAGUAAGUAACCAAAAACUCAUUAAAAAUAGCAUUCAUUCCUGAAACACAAUCUUGGCGGUGGAUUUGAAAACCCUCCCUCUCUUUUUCUCCUAAAUUAUUUUAUUUAUUUCCCCCAAAACACUCCAAACGUCUCUAUAGUCCAAUCGCAUGUUUCAAACCCAGAAGAAACCCAAUAGUUACUCAUAACUAGGGUUCAUCCUUUUCUCAAAAACUCCUCAUCUUUCCAUGGCCGAUCAUCGAGAACAAAUUGGUACAUCCGAAACGGUGACGUUCAGAGUUGAUGACGUGGCACGGGAUGUCAUUCUUGUAUCGGAAACGGCGUCGUUGAAGGACGGUUUAGGUUCGGUUGAAGGUGAUGACGUGGCAACUGAUGAUUCUUCUUCUGUUAAACCUACCGUCGUAGAGCCGAUAAUGUACACCAGAAGGAAAAAUAAACACGGAGGAAAGAGAAUUGUAGAAAUUGAAGCGUUGAAGAAACCGUUAGAGGAUGAAACAAACGAAGGAGUUGGGACAGGUGAUGACGUGGCAGGUGGUGGCUCUGAUUCUGUUCCGCCGGAGAAGACGAAACGCGGCGUGAAGUGGAAGACGGAGAAGGAAGGUGAAGUUGCUGAAGGUGAUGACAUGGCGGUGGGAGGUCUGGGUUCUUUUAAUGUGACUGUGAGGAGGAGUGGACGUCCUAGGAAGGUUAAAUCGCUUGCGGAGGAUUUCGUGUCAGUGAUGGAUGUGGAAGUGAUGAAGAACGGGAAGAUGGCGAUAAUGGAUGUUUUUUAUGAGUUUAAUGCUGCAGAAGAAGACGUGAAGAAAGAGGAGAAGAAACCGGGUAGAAAAAGGAAGAAUGAUUCUAGUUCUGAAGAAGAUUAUAAACCUGAAUCAGACGGGGAAAAUGGGAAGAAAGGAAAGAAGAAACCUGGUAGAAAAAGGAAGAAUGAUUCUAGUUCUGAAGAAGAUUAUAAACAUGCACCAGAUGGGGAAAGGGGGAAGAAAGAAAAGAAGAAACCUGGUAGAAAAAGGAAGAAUGAUUCUAGAUUUGAAGCUGCACUUGAUGGGGAAAAUGUGGAGAAAGUAAAGAAGAAACCUGGUAGAAAAAGGACAAUUUCUAUUUCUGAAGAAAAUGGUGAAGUUGCAGAAGAGGGGGGAAACAGUGGUUUUGUUAAGGAAGAGAAGAAAACACUUGGUGGAAAAAUUAAGAUCGAAGAGAAUGAACUGGUCUCUGAAAAGAAGUCUGAGAGGGAUGUGCCGAAGGACUCUCCUGAAAUUGAAACUGAAACACCUUUGUCUAAUGAUUAUAAAGAUUAUUCUUUACGAACACCUAGAAACAAGAAACCUGCAUUUGUUGAACCUGUGGUGCCAAAAUUCAGUAAGAGAAAUUCUAAGUCGGAUGAAGCGUCAUUAAUGUGCCAUCAAUGUCAGAGAAAUGAUAAGGGCAGGGUUGUCAGAUGCACUAAAUGCAAACGGAAAAGAUUUUGCAUACCCUGUAUAACUAAUUGGUAUCCUAACUGGGAAGAGGAUGAAAUUGCUGAGAAAUGUCCGGUGUGCUGUGGUAAUUGCAAUUGCAAAGCAUGCUUGCGAUCAUGUGUACUUGUCAAUGCAAUAAAAAAGAAGACAGAAACCAACAAAGAUCAUGAGGUUGGGCCCUCCAAGUAUAUGCUAAAAGAACUUCUUCCGCAUUUAAUACGAUUGGAUGAGGAACAAAUGACCGAGAAGGAGAUAGAAGCGAAAAGACAAGGGCUCCCACUAUCAGAGCUAAAAAUAAAAGUAGCAGAUUACUCUAAAGAUGAGCGCGUGUACUGUGAUAACUGCAAAACAUCAAUAUUUGACUACCACAGAAGCUGUACAAAAUGCUCAUUUGACAUCUGUCUCCUCUGUUGCUGCGAGCUUCGUGGUGGUAAGCUUCUAGGUGGCGAUGAUCCAAUUGAGUUUGAGUUUAUCUUCCGAGGGCGUGAUUAUCUGCAUGGUGAAAAAGAGGAGAGCCAAGAAAGAAUAAAAGUACCUCGUUCUGCAGCCCAGCCUGAGAUUCGUGAAUGGUCAAAAUCUGGGUGGCAUACCGAUACUGAUGGUAGCAUUCCCUGUCCAAAGACCAAUAAUGAUUGUGACCAUGGUUUCCUUGAACUGAGAAGCAUACUUCAGCCAAAUUGCAUAUCUGAGUUAGUAUGUAAAGCAAAAAAACUUGUAGAGGAAGCAAUGGAACUUCAAGAUGCAGAGGAGACUCUUGACAAUAGGUGUUCUUGUUUAAAGCCUGUUAGGAAUUCAGAUAAUAUCCACAAGAACACAAGGAAGGCAGCUUUUCGUGAAGAAUCCAGCGAUAACUUUUUAUACUGUCCUAGGGCUGUAGAUCUACAUCACGAGGAUUUAAGACAUUUUCAAUUGCACUGGAGCAAAGGGGAACCUGUAAUUGUCAGCAAUGUACUUGAAUGUACAUCUGGUUUAAGCUGGGAACCACUUGUCAUGUGGCGUGCAUUCCGUCAGAUAAGCAACACCAAGCAUAAAACACUUUUGGAUGUGAAGGCAAUUGAUUGCUUAGAUUGGUGUGAGGGAGAGAUUAAUGUGCACCAAUUCUUUACCGGGUACACAAAGGGUCGCGAGGAUUGGCUUAAUUGGCCUCAGGUUUUGAAAUUGAAAGAUUGGCCUCCUUCUAAUUUAUUUGAGGAAAGUUUGCCUCGUCAUUGUGCCGAGUUCAUAUAUUCUUUGCCGUAUAAAGAAUACACAGAUCCUUUCAAAGGUGCUCUUAACCUUGCUGUGAAGUUGCCUAAAGGUGUUCUAAAGCCAGACAUGGGCCCAAAAACAUACAUUGCUUAUGGAUUUGCUCAAGAACUUGGGCGGGGUGAUUCCGUGACUAAGCUCCAUUGUGAUAUGUCUGAUGCAGUAAAUGUGUUGACUCAUAUUGCUAAAGUUGAAUUGAAACCUGAGAGCAUUCGUGCCAUCAAGAGACUGAAACUAAAGCACCUCAAGCAAGACAAAAGGGAGCUACAUCUACAUGGUGAUAAUCAGGAUGGCCAAACCGAUAUUAACAUGCUUGAUAAUUCACCGUCUUCCACAAAUGCAUCAGACGAGCAUAAUAGAGUCAUGGAUAAUGAAAAUGGGUUAUGCAAUGAGAAGGUGGCUGAUCCUGUUCAUCAACACUCAGGUGCAGAUAAUGUUGGCCUUUCUUCUGGAUCAAAGCUCAAAGAGGUUGAUAAAGUGAUUGUGAAAAAAGAUGAUAGUUUGUUGGUUGGGGAUGAUUCUUUAGAUGGGGCUCUCUGGGAUAUUUUUCGGAGAGAGGAUGUACCAAAAUUGGAGGAAUAUCUAAAGAAGCAUUUUAGAGAGUUCAGGCAUGCCCAUUGCUCUCCUAUAAAGCAGGUUAUUCACCCCAUCCACGAUCAGACCUUUUAUUUGACUAUUAUGCAUAAGAAGAGACUUAAGGAGGAGUAUGGAAUUGAGCCUUGGACUUUUGUUCAGAAGCUAGGAGACGCCGUUUUCAUUCCAGCUGGUUGUCCCCAUCAAGUCCGUAAUCUUAAGUCAUGCACCAAGGUUGCUCUUGACUUUGUCUCUCCUGAAAAUGUUGGCGAGUGCUUUCGCUUGACAGAGGAAUUCCGCAAACUUCCAGUAAAUCACAGGUCCACAGAGGACAAACUGGAGGUGAAGAAAAUGAUUAUAUAUGCUAUGCUUGACCUGGUCGAAACCUUGGAGAACGCAAGGUCUGGGAAAACCGAGGUUCUGGUGUAAAUUGUAAAUGCAUCUGAGAGAUUAACUACUCUAACUGGGAAUGUAAAUUUUCAAGUUGCUUUGUUAGGUGUGCUGAUCUUAGGUUCUUUUGUAUCGGGUUGUAGAAAAGAUCCACGUUUUGUUCUCUCUAACAUACCAUGAUGAUGUACUUCUGAAACAUUAUGACUUGGUGUAGGCAUAAGUAUUACUUACCACUUCUAUAAUAGUGUCCUAAUUAUAGCUAUGUUCAGGACUAUAGCAGAAGCUAAUGCUAGCAUUGAAAUCGCAUAGUCUAAUGCUAGAAUUGUGUUUAUAAAACACGGUUGGUAUUAAGUAUUUUUUCUAAUUUGUUCUUAUACACAUUCCUGUUUA